AUGAGACUGAUACUUCCUAACCCAGGACUGGAAGACCGGAUCCCUUCCUACGAUGAUCUGGAGCGGAUGGACAAAGAGGAGGCCGAAGAUAGGCCAAAGUGGGACAACAAAGCGCAGUACAUCCUGACCUGUGUGGGCUUUUGUAUUGGGAUUGGAAAUGUGUGGAGAUUCCCUUACUUGUGUCAAACUCAUGGAGGAGGUGCCUUUUUGAUUCCCUAUCUAAUCCUGCUGGUUCUGGAAGGAAUGCCCCUCCUGCUGCUGGAAUUUGGUAUUGGGCAGCGUCUCAGGAAAGGCAGUGUGGGAGUUUGGUCGGCAAUCAACCCUUAUCUGACCGGUAUCGGUAUAGCCUCUAUGCUGGUGUCCCUAUUGAUCGGACUGUACUACAACACCAUCAUAGCUUGGGUCAUGUGGUAUCUUUUCAAUUCCUUUCAAUACCCUCUGCCUUGGACCCAGUGUCCUCUCAAUGAUAACAAGACAGGCUAUAUAUCAGAGUGUCAAAGGAGUACAACUGUGGAUUACUAUUUUUACCGAGAGACUCUGAAUAGUUCAGCCUCCAUAACUGAAUCUGGAGGACUCCACUGGCCUAUAGUAGUUUGUCUGUUGGCUGCCUGGACAGUCAUCGGUAUCUGCUACAUAAGAGGAAUCAGCACUUCAGGCAAGGCAGUGUACGUCACAGCCAUCCUGCCUUACGUAGUGCUGGCCAUUUUCCUCAUCCGAGGACUGACUCUUAAAGGUUCUCUCAGUGGACUCAAGUUCCUCUUCGUACCAGAUGUGAACGAGUUGAUGAAACCAUCUACUUGGCUAGAUGCAGGUGCCCAAGUCUUUUACGCGUUUAGUUUGGCAUGGGGAGGUCUCAUCUCCUUCUCAAGCUACAACCCUGUUCACAACAACUGCAUGCAGGAUGCUGUGAUCCUGUCUUUCAUAACUGGCUGCACCUCAGUCUAUGCUGCUGCAGUUACCUACACCAUCAUUGGCUUCAGGGCCACAGAGAAAUAUGACCAGUGUAUCAGUGAAAACAUAAUAACUUUAUUAAAUGGAUUCAAUCUUCCUGAAGACAGCAUCAUUCAAAGCAACUACGAGGAAGCCUUCAAUCAUCUGAACAGUUCCUAUCCAGAUACUGUCCUUGGAUUGAAUCUUAAAACCUGUGACAUGCAAAAACUACUCAGUGAGGGAGUGGAGGGAACAGGUCUGGCCUUCAUUGUUUUCACAGAGGCCAUCACCAAGAUGCCUGGUUCCCCGAUUUGGUCUGUCCUCUUUUUCAUCAUGCUUCUCUGCUUGGGGCUCUCAACCCUGUUUGGAAACAUUGAGGGAGUGGUGGUUCCCUUGAAAGACCUGAAGGUUUUACCUCAACAUUGGCCACAAGAAGCACUGACUGGAAUAACAUGUGCUAUUGCCUUCGUCCUCUCCCUCAUAUUUGCGCAGCAUUCAGGGAUUUACUGGCUAACUCUCUUUGAUAACUUUGCUGGAUCUGUUCCACUACUGUGCAUUGGAUUGUUUGAGAUGAUAUCUAUUGCAUAUAUCUAUGGCAUAGACAGAUUCAAUGAGGACAUAGAGUUCAUGACAGGAUCCAAACCCAACAUCUACUGGCAGGUUACGUGGAGGUUCUUAAGUCCCCUAAUCAUCCUGGUUAUCUUAGUUUUCUACAUGGUGACAACAGUCCAAGAAGAACUCACCUAUUUAGUCUGGGAUCCAAACUCUGAAAAGUUCCCAUCUCUAGCAUCAGUACCGUACCCUUCAUGGAUCAGUGCAGUCAUCUUUGUUUUGGCUGGAAUCCCCAGUCUGGCAGUGCCUGGGUAUGCAUUAUGUAGACUGAGACGAAAGUGUUAUAAGUGUUAA